AUGGAGGACAGGAUCCAGUUCGAUAUUAAUGAGUCGCUCAAGUUCUACCUGAGUGACCCGACCUCCGUUCCCACCCCCGAUGCCGACUCCGAGUUGAUAGACUGCGAAACAGACCCCGAUCAAUUAUCAUCUACGCUGGUCGACAAUGUGUUGAACUCCGUUGUGGAUGGAGUAGCAGAGAGCCCGGAAGGUCUGACCAGGUCAUCCUUCUUUGACUCAUUACAAUUUUUGUUAAAGUAUUCGGCCUUCGUCCCUACACGGUCCCUCAGCAAACUUUUAGAUCUCGUUGUAUCCGGGCUAUCAGUCGAAGCGGACACCAUCCACGGCGAUCUCGAGUCAGAUGAGCAAGAUGCCAUUCAGCAUCACAAGCAACUAUUGGAAAUGUACGGCUUCUUGCUUCAGUGGGCUCUGUCAGCUGUUGAAAUCAAAGCGGCCGAAAAGCCCACGGAGGCUGCACCGGCAAGGAGGGGCGCUGGGAAGUCCAAGUCCAAAACAAGCACGCGGGGAGACGGCCACUGGGACUGGACACCCCAAAUCCAGAUGUCUAUGGAGACAAUGUGCAAAGUUAUGAAACUUAAGCUUGGCCGCAUAUUCCUGACUACCUCGGACCGUGACACCUUCAUUAACCUAUUUUCCCGCUCAGUCUACCUCAUGUUGGAGAGUGAGCAACGGGUAAAGAGCAUGGCAAUCCGCAUGCAUGCUUUCAAGGUCCUUUGCAUAGCCGUCAAGCAUCAUGGCCAUGCCUUUGGAGCCCAGACAUCUAUCGUACAGAGCUUGACGUACUUUGAACACCUAUCCGAGCCGAUGGCAGAGUUCCUCCAUAUCCUUGCAGAACAAUACGACUAUCCGCAGCUCUCGGAUGAGAUUCUAAAGGAACUGGCGAACAAGGAGUUUAACUCCAACGAUACCAGGGGACCAAAAUCGGUAUCUGCAUUUAUAGUGAAGCUCUCAGAACUUACGCCUCGCUUGAUCAUUAAACAGAUGACCCUUUUAGCGAAGCAGCUCGAUAGUGAGUCGUAUACCCUCCGUUGCGCCGUGAUUGAAGUCUGCGGAAACCUCCUCAUCGACUUGAGUAAACAAGAAGAGCCAAGUGAAAACUACAAGACGCAAAUUAACGCUUUUUUCGAUGUCCUUGAAGAGCGCUUCCUUGACAUCAACCCUUACUGUCGCUGCCGAGCCAUCCAGGUGUACUUGAAGAUAUGCGACCUCGAACAGAAGUUCCCCAAACGUAGACAGGCAGUUGCUGAGCUUGCAGCGAGAAGCUUGGAGGAUAAAAGCAGCAAUGUGCGACGAAAUGCGAUUAAGCUACUCGGAAAGUUGGUCGCGACUCACCCAUUCAGCGUUAUGCAUGGAGGACAGCUUUCUUACCAAGAAUGGAAUUCCCGACUUGAGGCUGUCGACGUCGAGUUGAAUGCAUUGAGGCCUCCUGAAACACCUGGCUUCGACGGAGACGAGGGAUUGCAAAUUGACAGUGAACUUUUGGACGAUGCAACACAGUUGCCAGAAGACUCUCCCUCCAAAGCUCCUCGGAUGACAGAAGAACAGAAGGCUAUAGCGAUGCAGAAGGCUGCAGAACAAGCAGCAACAUCUGAGCUGCUUACCAGACUCCAACUGACGAGGAAGUACUACAGCGAGGCUAUUCGCUUUAUCGAAGUCCUCCACAUGGCCUCUGGAACCGUCUCCCAGCUCUUAUCAUCUAAAAAUAAGAGUGAGGUUAUCGAAGCCAUGGAUUUCUUCGUGAUGAUUGAUGCCUACAAGAUUGAGACUGCGCGCAGCGGCAUUCGGCGAAUGCUGCGGCUUAUCUGGACUAAAGGGAACAGUGAUGAGGGUAAAGGAGUGCAGACACAUUUGAUCGACUGUUAUAAGGGGCUUUUCUUCGAAGCGCCGGACUCCUUUAGCACUAACGACACUGCUAACUAUAUUGCCCGGAACAUGAUCAGUUUAACGUUUGGUUCGACUCCUGCCGAACUUACUUGCCUUGAACAGUUACUUAGCACGAUGAUGAAUGCUGGUCAUAUUUCAGAAGCUGUCAUCGCGAAGCUCUGGCAAGUUUACGGUGUUCAGAAGAAGGAAAUCUCCAAGACGCAGCGCCGAGGUGCUAUCAUCGUCCUUGGAAUGCUUGCUUUGGCAGACCCCGAAGUUGUCAUCAAAGAGAUCGAAACCAUGCUGCGCAUCGGUCUUGGGGGCCUCGGAAGAGCAGACCUUGUGCUUGCAAAAUACACAUGUGUCGCGCUACGGAGAAUGGUACCUGGUCGCCAGGCCAAAUCAAAGGAUGCCGGUAUUCCAAAACUUACGAAUGAUCACCCUGUUCUUGCCAAGCUUGCUGCCAUGGUUGAGAUUGUAUCGGAUAGCAAGGAGUGGUUUGGAGUGGCAGAACAAGCUGUCAGUGCUAUUUAUGCACUGUCUAAACAUCCAGACGUACUCUGCUCUGACAUUCUCAAACGGAAGACCAGAUUCGUCUUUCAACCACAAUUGCAACGACCUUCCCCAUCGGCGGAGACCGCAGACGGCGAUGAACAACGCCCAGGAACAGCAUCGUCAGAUGGCCAAGGUGCAAGGCCCAAGACUACAUCUGCUGCUCUUUCCCAACUGCUAUUCGUUGUCGGUCACAUCGCAAUCAAACAAAUCGUUCAUCUCGAACUCUGUGAACUCGACUUUAAGCGCCGCAAGGCAGAGCAGGAGAAAAACAAGCCGGUCAGCCAAGCGGCUCAGAACCAAUCUGCAGAUGAUGAAUUGGAUUUGAUCGGUGGAACAACUGAAGAUGACUUCACAGAUGCUAUGAACCACAUUCGCGAGCGAGAACUCCUGUAUGGGGAGAACUCCCUGUUGUCCAACUUUGGACCAUUGGUUGAAGAGGUCUGCGCAAACAGUAACACAUACCCAGAUCGCAACCUACAAGCAGCAGCGACUCUGUGCAUGGCGAAACUCAUGUGCGUGUCGGCUGAGUAUUGUGAGAAGAACCUCCCACUCCUGAUCACAAUCAUGGAGCGCUCUGAGGACCCGACAGUCCGUAGCAACGCGGUCAUUGCGCUUGGUGACAUGGCGGUCUGCUUUAAUCAUCUUAUCGACGAGAACACCGACUUCCUGUACCGCCGAUUGAAUGAUGACGAUCACUCAGUCAAACGUACUUGUCUCAUGACACUGACCUUCCUGAUUCUGGCGGGUCAAGUCAAGGUCAAAGGACAGCUUGGUGAAAUGGCCAAGUGUCUGGAAGACAGCGACAAGCGGAUCGCUGAUCUGGCGCGUAUGUUCUUCACAGAACUGGCUGGCAAGGAUAACGCUGUGUACAACCACUUUGUCGACAUGUUUAGUCUGCUGAGCGCGGAGCGCAACCUCGAGGAAACUUCUUUGCGCCGCAUCAUCAAAUUUCUGAUUGGCUUCGUUGAAAAGGAAAAACACGCCCGGCAAUUGGCAGAGAAACUUGCCGCUCGCCUUCCUCGAUGUGAGACAGAGCGGCAGUGGAACGAUGUCGCGUAUGCCUUGUCCCUUUUGCCGCAUAAGAAUGAGGAUAUCACCAAGACGGUGACAGCCGGAUUCAAUAUGGUUGCCACUGUCGCCACCGCUGCUGCUGCUUAA